GUGAUAUAUGCCUUGAACACUAAGAAUGAUGAACAUGAGGACAGUAUACAGGCUCUGAGAGAGGCUCAUGAGAAAGAAAUUCAGAAUAUUCUUGCUGAGACAAGAGAAACAAUUCUUCAGUGUAAAAGCAAAGUUGAAGAAGAACAAUUACUGAGAAAGCAUAUUCAGGCCCUUGAAAUUGCUGUAGCACAACACAAGAGAUUGAAGGAAGAAGCCUUAGCAGAGUUAGUAUUGUGUAAAAAGCAAGCAGAAGAGAAGGAGUCAAGAACAGAAGUGAAACAAGCACAGGUAGGCCUUUCUACAGACAUAGUAGAUACCAAUGCAGACUUUGAAAACAAACUUCUACAUUUAAAUCAGGAGUUUGAUGGACUGCUAAAAAAUCUAGAUAAAGAAGUAAAUUUAGAUGAAAAAUGUAGUGUGGAAAGACACACUGUAAUAAAGGAAAUGGAAAACCUGAAGAGCAAGAACCAGAAAACAACUGAAGAGUAUACUCAGAAAACAAGAAAACUGCAAGCCCCUUGUGAGACGGGAAAAGAGACUUUGAAAAAAGCCAUGCAGCAAUCUGUGAUAGAAACAAACUGUCCACAAAGAGAAACAGAGCAAAAUAAGAGCUCAGAGUCUGAAAAAGGUUUAUUGCUGCAGCAGGUAAAGAAGCUGGAAGCAGACCUAGAGGAGAAAAGUCAGAAGAUAAAUGAGAGGAAGAAGCAUUCCCAGAAGCUGAAGGAGCAAAUACAGGUAGAGUAUGAGACUGUAAUCCCUAGCUCUGCGUGAGAAAGUGAAAAUUAUCAGUUC